UUACUUAAUUUCUGAGCAGUGAACUGAGCGAGCCAACAAUAAUGGCGUCUUCGGAGGAAGAAGUGAAAUUGUUGUUUUUUGAUACAUUUUACCACGACCAAAAUAAAGAGGAGCUUAAUAUUGACCUGAUACAGUUCUCACAACCAGUCGUGGUGUAUGAAGUACGUGUAAUUCCAUUGAAGACUCAAGUUGAAACAAACCUUGGAAAAGGAUUUCGACUUGGAGGAACCCUCCCAUCUGAGUUCAAGCUUGAUAUAUUUGUGAACAACCUGAACAAGCCCACUGCUUCUACAUUUGAAAAACUUGGCAGGCUAGACUAUAAAGAAAAUACCAACAUCCAGUUGAAGCCGGAGAAGGAAGUUCCCACUGAUGGUCUCAUCCUAAAAGGAUGGUACCGCAUUGUGACCUUUGCAGUCUACGGCCGGGUCACAGUGGUAAAGCCCCCCCAGGACUCACCACCUCCCCCCCCUCCUCCAUUGCCUGCACACCAAGGAAUGGAUGUUGGAGAAGAAGAGAGCCACAAACAACAGCAUCCUUUGGAUUACAUAAAUGCACAGCUGCAACAGCAGAGGCAGAAACAACAGCUAGUAUCCACGGCUCAGACCUCCCCCUCCCCCACAGGCUUAGCCCGGGCUGCUCCUAUAGAGGAAGCCUUCUCGGAGGUGCUGAGAAAACCGUCACCUCACAGGGACCGGGGUCACCCCAGCAGUCAUGAUAGGGAUCGUCCUAGUAGUCGUGAUCGGGAUCGUCCAAGCAGUCGUGAUCGGGACCAUGCCAACAGCAGAGAGCGUGAUCGCCCGGCCAGUCGAGACCGGGACCGUCCGGGCAGUCGUGAUCGAGAUCGCCCCAGCCAUGAUCGAGAACGUCCCUCCAGCCGUGAGCAGGACCAUCCCAUGAGUCGAGACCGUGAUCAUCCUUCCAGUCGGGAUCGGGGCUCUAGUGGGGACCGUGUCCGUGCCUCCAGUCAAGACUCUCAUGACUUAGAGCUCCGACGUGAUUACACCUUUCCUCCGGAACCCAAGGAACCAUAUGACUCCAGUAGGGAAAAAGAUUUCAGUGAUUUUGAGAGGUCAGUGUCUCGAGAAAGAGACACGAGAGACAGAGACUUUGCUUUCAGAUCUAGCAGAGAUGAGGAAGUUCCAGGGUCUCGUGAGAGAGACAGAGAGUUUAGUGGGCGAGAAAGUAGAGAAGAUGAUCGACCACGUUCCAAGGAACGGGACAGGGAAAUAGGACGGAGAGAUAAGUCGUUGCGUCACAGUUCGCGGGAAAAUGAAGGGCAUGACGUUCGAAUGGUUUCAGAUUCUCUUGACAGCUCUAGAGAGUCAAGAGCACACAAAGACAAAGACAUUUUAGACAGAGACCUUGGGAGGGAUGAACUGCACAGGGAGAAAGAGAGGGAGAGAGAUGCUGAGAAAGAACGAGAGAGACAGAGAGAGAAGGAGGAAAGAGAACAGCGUGAAUAUGAUGCUAAGGAAAAGUUAAAGAGGGAGCAGGAACUGAAAGAGAGAGAGAUCAAAGAGCGGGAGAAAGAGCUGCAGAGAGAGCAUGAACGGGAGAGAGAAAAAGAAAUUCAGAGGGAUAGAGAAAGAGACAGGGAGCGUGAAAUGGAGAUAGAAAAGGAGAGAGAGAGGGAACGAGAUCAUGAGCUUCGAGAAAAAGAGCAGGAAAGAGAGAGGGAAAAAGAAAGGGACAGAGACAGGGAUUUAUUGAAAGAAAAAGAGAAGAAAACUCGGCCUGAGCAUGAAAGGCGUGGCAGACCCAAAACUUCCCCUCGUAGGUCUAGUGUGGAUCGUUCUCGCUCUCGAUCAGGAUCAAGGUCACGGAAGAGAUCACGUUCUAGACAGAGGUCAAGGUCUAGAUCUGCUCCACGGAACCAGCCAGCACUACCAUCAGAGGAGGUGGACCAUCCUCCAGAACUACAUCUAAGUGAUGAGGCUGACUUGGAAGAGGUUGGAAUUGAGGAGGAAGAGGACAUGGAGGAUGUGAUGUCAGAUCGUUCAAACUCUCGGCGACCCCGGGGGCAAGUAGACGAUGCUGAGGCUCAGGAGACAGAAGGCUAUGAGGACAUAUCCUCUGAUGAGGAAAUGGGUGUCAUGGAUGUUCCUAACAUGAUGCAGGUGUUGGAUAUGUACGAGCUGGAAGAGGAAAGCUGGCCUACUGGUGGAGCUCCGGGCAACCCUUUAGACUUUUACUUGACGCCACUCACAGCUUUGAACAGUCCAGCCAUGUCAUGUUAUCAAGUGGAGCUGUCACAGUUGGAAGCAUCCGGAAGUCACGGCGACACCCCGCGGGAAGCCCUUGCUUUGUUGGAUAUUUUGUCAAAGUUUGAUAAUGUGGAACAUCAGGACAGAUGGGUAAUGGCUAUGGAGGAAAUCCCAGCUCUUCUUGACAAAGGCCUGCCCUACUUAGUUGGACUAGAGAAAAGAGAUGAUGUGCUUUCGACGCUGAUGUCUUGGGUGAUGGAAGGUUGCGAUCCAGACCUGGCCAUGACUCAACCAGACGCAGCUAUCAAAGUGCGGCACCUGAAAGUGGGCAUCAAGCUAGCAGGGCUGUUGUGUACUAGCGACGAGGAGAUUGCUCUGGGUCUGUUGCGUCGGGGUGUCCAGGCUCGCCUCUUGUCUCUACUGGAGAGCCAGUUCAUUAUGUUCAGUUUCAAGCACCAGGCACUGAGGGCUUUAUCACGCACCACUCACUUUCCCGCUGGCAUUCUUUGGUUCGUCGGCCGCCACUCUGAGCAGAGCCCCCCAGGAGAAGGGCAGGAAGACACGGGAUAUCAACGUCUUGUGAAAAGCUUACUUAAGCCCAUGAUCAGCAAGCUGACCAUGUCUGCAUCAGCUCUGUUACGAAAGAUUCAUUUUUACGAGGCCCUAACAGACUUGUACAGUACCAUUGAAAGAGUCAUGGAUCUACUGCCAUCCAUUGAAGAGCUUCAGGACAAGGAGGAAGAGGAGGAGGACGAGACUUUUUUACUCAGAGAGGAAGAUGAGAACAAAAUUCUGGCCAAUCUGGAGGAAGUGACCAAUGUGCUGUCCAAUGCCCAUGAGCUCAUUGGCCAAGCUCCCAAUGCCAACCCUUACAAUUUGUUGGUGGACACCAAGUUGUGCUCUCCAGACACGGGACCAGCCGUCUACAAUGUGGCGAGUGCUUGCUGUCUAUUAGAAAGUGUUCUCGCACUGCUGGCCACCCCAGCCAUGGUGAGUCGUCCCAGUGUGUAUCUGGCUGUCCAAACCUUGCUCCAGAGACUGCUGGAGAAACAAGAUGGUCUUCUGUUCUUGGGGUCUCACCCAGACACUUCAAAUGGAAUCUUGCGGUGCCUACUGCAGACUGUGGAAGAUACUGAAGAGUCGGGAGAAGAGGUCCCCUCCAGGCAGCUGGGCAUGGAGAUGGUCUAUCAUCUACAAGUGCUUGCCUAUGUGGACCAGCUACUGACCUGGCACAAUUCAGGGUCCAAGGUCAUAGAUGAUGCUGAUGUGAUCACGGCACUGCAUGGUUUGCACACCAUGUCCUUCAGUUCAGUGAGUCGAGACCCACUCAUGGGUCGGCACAUCACAGCUAAGGUCAUUGCUCUGGACAAGAAUUUGGAGGCAUUGUUGCCUUUCUUGGAAAAGAGUGGUGAGGAGGUAUUUGAUGGUCAGCUGCGAAAGUCGGUCAGCGCCAACUACACAGUGCAGCUUCUGCUGAUGCUGGUCAAGACGAGCAGCAACGCGAGCAUGCUGGAGCACUACGCCCCUCGCAUGCUGGCUUUGUGCCAAGACAGUUCUAGUACCAAGCUGACCCAGUUGCAGGAGUGGUUGCUGCCCACAAAGUCCCUGACUAGCUAUGACUUGGACGGGCUGCCGGCUAUGAUUGCUCAGAUGAAGCUGUUUGCCGAUGAUGUGAAGAAGGUGCCUCCUGGACUGAUCACUGUGCUCAGGAUUAUUUCCUCGCUGUUGGAUUCCAUCUCUGCCGGGGUGGAAACUACAUCCAGCAUGGUUGAAGCCAAGUGUCAGUUUGUGGUGGAACUCUACAGUGCUGACUGCUUUCCCAUCUUCAUGAACAUUUUGCAGAAAUUCAGUGAGUCCCAGCUGAAGGUGUGGCAGCAAGGGGUCCCGUACACCAGUGACCAGUGGUGCACCUAUUUCUCCCUGAUCCAGCCCACACUGCGCCUGGUGCAUGUGGUCCUGGGCCAGCUCAUCCAGGCCUUUGCCACCGAGUGUCGCGCUGACGCCGACGCUGCAGCUGCUGGGAAGGCGGCUGUUGGGUCUGGUGAUGCAGAGCAGGAACCACUUUUGCUGAAUCCGUUCAGAGAUCUGACCUCAGUCCCUGUGCUGCUGGAGCUACACACGGUCAUUUGUUCUGUCCCAACCUCCUCUCUCUAUAGUGCUGACCUAGCCAAGAUACAGCAAGAUGUGGUGGACACUCUGUUGACACUAACACAGGAGGAGCCGCAGACGACACAGACGGACGACGCUCUCAACAAAAGCCUGUGGACAUUAAUGCUAAAAGAACUGUUGCGCUACACAAUCAAGUCACCGUACACUUACAUGAGUGGUCUCCUGGUGCUGUCAGAGCUGUUGCCCUUGCCUUUUCCUUUACACACCAAAGAGGCAUUAAGUGAGGAAGAGGUGGAAGCAGCAGUGGUGUCACGAAAGUUGUGGAGCGUCCACCUGCAGGCAGCAACAGCCGAGCUGUUUGCUGUGCUGGACACACUGUCUGGGACUGGCUGCCAGCCGUUGCAGCACCUGAUGCGCCGUGUGUGUUGGCAGAUCGCCGACCUGGCCGCACCUUCGGCCCUGAGAAUUACCAAAAUCUUGUUGGACAUACUUAUGGUGAACCUCAAACCAAAGAGGCCAACGCAGACAGUAGAUGGAGAAAAGAAAGAAGGGGAGGAGGAGACGACCGCGGUGCGCACUGUGUCCAUCCACACUGCCAAAACUCUCAACUUACUGGCUUACCUCCUGUCCCACCCAGGCAUCAAGGCAGCCUUGUUGCAACUUAUUGGCACCAGCAUACACAGUGAGGUGAAGUACAAGGAUUUCUUGCUCAUCAUGCUCCAGCUGUUGAACCAGACGGCAGAGACACCAGCCGAAAUACAGGCACAGGAGGGCAUUGUGUCGAUGAUUCAAAGUCUGUGUGAUCUGGAGGUGUCAAUGGUGAACACAGAAAUGGCUGUCACUUUGGCUGAACAUUUGGCCAAUUCCUUGCCAGAAAGUGUCCUGAUGGCGGAUGUGACGGCUGCACUCCUAGAGCACGUCGGCAACUCUGCCCAGUCGUACGCCUCCAUCUUGCCUUGUCUGCGGAUCCUGAGCAUGCUGACAGACCACGACUACGGCUUCUUUCACCUCACCAUGAAUCUCGAGAGCAAUUUAAGGAGUAUGCACAGCCUCUUGAAUCGCAUCAACAACACAUUCAGUAAGGACAGCUCAGACUGCCUGUCUACUCUGUCGGCAUCCUUGGAGCUUCUCCGACUCCUCAUCACCAUCGACUCAGGGGAGGAAGAGGUCGUGACCCGCACCAAGGUCAUCAGCCGCAACAAGCUGCGACACUUUCUGUUGUGGAGGCCAGAUAUGAGUCACCCUCUCGAGGAACUGGAGGAGCUGUCUCGGGAGGAGGAGACGUUGGAGAGUUUACUAGAGAGCAUCACAGCCUUGACCUCUGUGCUGAGGAACAUGUCGGACUCUCCCCCUGAGGGAGACACAAAUGUGGAGGAGGUCCUUCUCCCCGUCCCAGCCCUGCUCACGGAGCUGUUCCGGCAGCGUCCCGUCUACACGGUUCUGGAGGCGGAGGACGAGCGCCUGAGCCCGAGCUACUGGCUGGCCAAUCCAGCCCUGGACGAGCCAGACGCCGAGCCGGAGGUGCUGCGGUGCUCCCUGCAGGCGCUGUGCGAGCAGCACCUGGUGGGCUUCAGCCUGGAGCAAGAGCUGCAGAAAGACGCCAACACCCCGCAGGAGGAUAUUGUGCGGCCCAAGAGGCCCAGAGACCGGCGCAAGUCUCAUGAGGUUAUAAAUAUAUAUAGGGGAAAACCAGGCAGGAAACCUUUUGUUGCCCCUAUGAGAGGUCGAGGAAUCAUGUCACAUGGUAUGUCUGGUCGUGGGAAUGACCUGUUCAGGUCAAGGACACCCAAUACAUCAAGACCCCCGUCCAUGCAUGUGGAUGACUUUGUCAAGAUGGAGAACAGCCAACAACAGCAGCAACAGCAGCAGCAACAGCCGCAGCAACCACCACCGCCUCAGCAGCCAUCUCGGCCUCCACUUCUUCCUAGUAUUGGGGCUGUUGGAAGGGACAGCAGGGAAAAGGAACUUGGUCCAAGACUGCGAGGUGGCGACCGCAUGGGAGGCUUUGCCAUCCCUUCAGGCCGCUUCUUCACUCCGCCGGGCUCUUACAGACGGGAAGCCAUGCUUCAUGAGCCACAUCCUCUACCACCUUUGGCAGGCCACCCUCCGUCACACAGAGGAGUACCAAGAGGGGGCCCAAUUUCCAUGGAGAGGAACAGGCCUAACUUCAUGGCACAACGACAGUUUUCUCGAGGGCCAGAGCGUAUGCUGCCCCCUCCCCAUGAGAGGCAUGGUGGUCGGACUGGACGUUUCUCUCCUACUGGCCGAGGAGGUCGAGGAGGGCAAUGGGGCAGAGGUCGUGAUCUCGGAGAACCGGGCGGACGUUUUGCUGGUGGCAGUUUUCAAGGUCGCCGAGACCCUGGCAGACAUGUACGCUCCUUCACUAAGUGAACAGUUGGCUCAUUUCAUCUAUUAUUCAUCCUAUUUCUUCAUCAUCUCCUAGACAUGCUUCAAGUGACUUACGACAUACACCCAUAUUGGAGC